AUGGAUGUGGCAACCCGGACAGAGCUCCCACAAAAGCGUGCAGCCGUCCAGGCCUCAGGCUGCAGGGCGUGCCAGAGCCUUUCACUGGUAACGGAUGGCAGUAGCGAAUACAGCUGCGUGAGGUGUCACCAACUGGACGAUCUGCUCAGCCUGGUGGCAGAGCUACGGGAGGAAGUACAAAGGUUAAGGAGCAUCAGGGAGUCUGAGAAAGAGGGAGGCUGGUGGAACCAUGCUCUGCCCUCCCCGAGACAGAAACAGGAACAACCACCAGAAAAAAAACAACAUCAAAGGGAUCCUCUGUCCUCCCCCCGCCAGGCAGAAGGCAGUAGCUUAAAGGAAAGGAGUCAAUGGAGGCAAGUCCAUGCUCGGGGCGGCAGGCAAACCCCCUCCUUGCCCACCUCACCUUCGCAGGUGCCUCGGUACAACAGGUAUGAGGCUCUGGAUGUGGAAAGCCAGUCAAUGUGUGAUGUGGAUGAUGGUCCAUCUGCACCAGAGGUGUCGCCAAGGUCAGAAAGGUCUACCCCCCAUAUCACGACCACUUCCAUCAGGAAAAAAAGACAGGUUAUAGUUGUAGGUGACUCCCUUCUGAGGGGAACAGACGAUCCAAUAUGCCGGACAGACCCUCCUCUUAGGUAAGUCUUCUGCCUCCCUGGGGCCUGGGUUAAGGACAUCGCUAGGAAACUUCCUA